AUGGGCAGCAAAAGAAAGCGCGGAGCCAAGGACGGCGCCGUUGCGACCCCAAAUGCGCAAAAAAAGGCCAAGAAUGCCGCCUCCCCCAUCGUCCCUGUUGUCGCAGCCGCGAAGCCAUCCUUAGACAAAGCUCCCUUUGUCGAAUCUCCCACAAUCGAAGAAAGAAAACGCGAGGGCCUCCUAUACGAACACCUUGGUAGCGAAGAUGACAACGACCGGAUUGAGGCUGCUGAUUGCAUCAUCUCUGGCCUUCUUGGUGGCGAAGGCGUUGCCGAAGCAGUGCUGCAAAGGCACCUCGACCGACGUCUCUUCCGAGGACUUGCCAGUGGUCGCAAUGCUUCGCGCAUUGGUUUCAGUCUGGUCAUCACCGAGAUUCUGAGCCAGCUGUUUGGAGAUAGGACGCCGAGCCUGGCAGAAAAGUACGAGGGAUUGACCUUUGACAAGGUGCUGGGAUUCCUGCUGGAGAAGGCCCAGAUUGUCGGCAACAUCCCGGGCCAGGAAGAGCGUGACAUCUUCUUUGGCCAAUUGUUUGGUAUCGAGUGCUUUGUCAAGUCUCGUAUCCUGUUUUCGGAACCUUCGAGAUGGAACACAAUACUGGAGGAACUGUUGAAGCUGAGCAACAAGAAAGUCUGGCUGAAGUCGCAAUGCGGAUGGGUUCUCGUCCAGGCAUUGCAGCAGAUGAAUCAAACGCAGGCCAAGGCCACGCUCGAGAAGCUCUCCAAUGCUGGAGUAGCCAAGACUCCCGAAGGAGUUGCUGUCUGGCUGGUUGCGCUUAGCCAGUUCCCCGAUCUCAAGGUCAAACCCUGGCAGCACCCUCUAUCCAGAAAGACUCUGGGCGACUUGACUGCCAUCUUGAAGGAAAGCUUCAACGAUUCCAGCAAAGAUCCCUCCAGCAAUUCGCGAAACAACCAACAAGCCUCUUGGACAGCCCAACUGCAUUUCGUUUGGGACUUGAUCCUCAACCACUAUCUCAAGGCUGGAGACUCUGAAGUAGAGGAGUUUGCUCAUUUCUGGGGCCGAGUCGUCGACGACGGAUUAUUCUCCAAGCAGGCUACUGAUGGCCAAAAGUUCAAGGGCUUCACUGUUUUCCAAAAAUUCCUCGAGGGCUGUGUGGUGCACCAUUCACUAUUACAAAUAAUGUUCAGCAAGAACCUCAUGACUUCGCUGAUGAACCAAGCCGCAAAGGAAGAUCGGUACCUGCAUCGGGCAGCUAUAAAAACAUUAAAGGCCAUCGAGAGUGCGGUGUCGUCCCACACCACUGCUUUGGUUCCUGUACUUGAGAGUCUCUUGAGCAGGAAUGGAGCUUAUAACUUUGAUCAACGCACCAGCACAAAAACGGUCGACAAGCUACUGCAGAAUUUUAACCUGGAAAACGACAAGGGAACUCUGAAGAUUAUACAAGCUCCCAUUGCCAGCCUCUCACAGCAGGAAGUCUCGGAGGCCCAGACCAUUCUAAGAGUUCACAUUGACUACUUGUCUAAAGUCCUCGGCGCCUGCGCUUCAUUCAGUACAAAGGAAUCUCAAUCUAGCAAGCUGGAAGGAACUUCACUUAGUGUUACACUGCAACAGCUAUCACGCCUUGCCUAUUCUCAACCAGACGACAUCCCGAAGGAUGCCUUGACAGAGCAGAUUCAAGAGCUUGCCCGGUCUCGAUUGGAAUCGGCGCUUGCGAAGCUGACCCGCCAGACCUCUGAUUUUGUCACUUUUUGUCAGGCCGUCGCUUCUAUCGACUCAAGCGCAGUGACCAUGUCUGAGGAGAUCAAGACAGCCAUAGAGGGAGCUCUGUCAAGAAUGCACAAGCUCCUGAAGCAGAAGACAAAGACCGACAACGACAAAACCCUUACCCAGGGAUUGGCGAUGCUUCAUGCCAUUUCAAUUUUCCAAUUGUACAAUCAAGACCCUGACGCAAUGGAAGUUCUGGACGAUCUGGCGCAGUUCCACGAGAGGCUCCAAGAAGGCAAACUCGGCGACGAUGACACAGGAAGCUCAGAGUUUUUGGUCGAGAUAUUACUGUCCAUGGUGGCUCGCCCUUCCUCAUUAAUGCGACAGGUGUCUCAGCAGGUGUUUGAGGCUUUCACCGCACAGAUCUCGGCUGGUGGCCUGGAGCUGUUAACUGGACCCCUGGGAACAAACGAGAGUACCAAGGGCCAGAAGGAACUCUUCAACACGGAGGACGAUGGUAUGGAUAUUGACGGAGAGGGAUCUUCCGAUGACGAAGAUGAUGAUGUGGAAGAAAUCUCAAACAUUGAUAUUGACUCUGAUGUUGAGUUUAUUGGCCUUGCUGAUGGCGAAGAAGCCGAUGGCGAUGGAGAAGAAGAUGAAGAAGACGAGGAUGAAGACGAGGGCGAUAAUUCCGACGACGACGACGAUGAUGAUGAUGAGGACGACGAUGAGGAGGCAGACGAGAAGCAGGGACCUAUAGACCUCGACGAGCUCAUGGGCAAAAUCCUCAAAAGCCACCGCCUCGACAAAGACGCCGACGCCGAGUCCUCCGAGGACGAAGGCGACAUGUCCGACUCGCAAAUGUUCGCCCUCGAGGACAAGCUCGCCGAGGUCUUCAAGCAGCGCGCAAAGGCCCGCCCCGACAGCAAGAAGCAGAAGAAGGACGCCAAGCAGUCCGUCGUCAACUUCAAGCACCGCAUCCUUGACUUCCUCGACAUCUACGUCCGCAACGAGGUCCUCAGCCCCCUCGCCUUUGCCAUCCUCAUCCCGCUGCUUAAUCUCAUGCGCACUACCACCACCAAGACGCUCGCUAGCCGCGCGUGCGAAAUUAUUCUCAACUAUCAGAGGGGUAUGAAGAAGGCAAGGAGUGGCAACAGCAACAAGGAUGCCGCCGCAGAGGUCGCGGCACCCACCUACGAUGCCGACGAGCUGCUCUCCGUGCUAGUCGAGGUCCACGAAGAAGCAGGCAAGGACAACGCGCACGCAUAUGCCAAGGCCGCCAGCGCCGCCAGUCUGAUUGUGGCCUCGGCCAUGUUCGCCUCAGAUAAAGAGCUGGUGAAGCGGGCGGCGGCCGUGUAUGCAAAGACGCAGUCGGACUGGGUUCUGGGCGAGGCCAAGCUGCAAAACUCCUUCUUUGCGGAUUGGAACAACUGGUGCCAGAACCACGCGUCUCAG